GCCGCGGGUUGAGGGGUCUCGCGGGAGGCUGCGGGGGUGCAGGGAGCUCUGCCUCGUCCCGGCCUCCCGUCGGGGGAGAGAGGGAUCCACCGACAGACCGGGCUGCGGGGCGAAGCCACCCGCCGCGCCCUUCGCCCUUCCCGGCCCGGAGGACUAAGCCAGGUCCGGCUGUGCUGACGCCAGGUGGGCGCCCGUUGGGACGUCUCCUGUGCCCUCUGGCCGCCCCGCCGCGUCGUUGUUGCUCCAGAUCGGGCUCCAGCCACCUGUCCCGCCCGGAGUCCCAGGUGAGGAAAGGAGGCACAGAGAAGUUGAGGAGCUUUUCUGAGGUCACACAGCCAGACCCCCGAUGCGGGCCAGGAGCGGAGACUGAAGGCCUAGGGCGCUGUGGGUGCUGGGGCCAUGGCUCUGCCCCUCUGGGCCCUGACCCUGCUGGGCCUGGUGGGCGCGGGCGCCGGCUUGCGGUCCCGGCAGCUGGGCGUCUUCCGCAGCGAGACGGAGCUGAACCACCUGGCGGUGGACGGGGAGUCGGGCACGGUGUACCUGGGGGCCGUGAACACGCUCUACCAGCUCAGCGCCGACCUGCAGCUGAGGCAGCAAGUGGCCACGGGCCCAGCGCUGGACAACAAGAAGUGCACGCCGCCCAUCGAGGCCAGCCAGUGCCACGAGGCCGUGCCCACCGACAACGUGAACCAGCUGCUGCUGCUGGACGCACCCUGGGGCCGCGUCGUCGAGUGCGGCAGCCUCUUCAAGGGCAUCUGCGCCCUGCGCGCGCUGAGCAACAUCUCCCUGCGCCUCUUCUACGAGGAUGGCAGCGGCGAGAAGUCCUUCGUGGCCAGCAACGACGAGCGCGUGGCCACGGUAGGGCUGGUGAGCUCCGCGGGCCCCGGCGGUGAGCGCCUGCUCUUUGUGGGCAAGGGCAACGGGCCGCACGACAACGGCAUCAUCGUGAGCACCCGCCUGCUGGACCGCGCCGAGGGGCGGGAGGCCUUCGAGGCCUACACUGACCACACCACCUACAAGGCCGGCUACCUGUCUGCCAGCGCACAGCAGUACGUGGCCGCCUUCGAGGACGGCCGCUACGUCUUCUUCGUCUCCAACCAGCAGGACAAGCACCCGGCGCGCAACCGCACGCUGCUGGCCCGCAUGUGCAAGCAGGACCCCUCCUACUACUCGUACCUGGAGGUGGGGCUGCAGUGCCGUGCGGCCGGCGACGCCCCGAACCCCACCUUCGGGGCCUGCCUGGCGGCCUCUGUGGCCGCGCCGCGCCCGGGCGCCGGCCGGGUGCUCUACGCCGUCUUCAGCAGGGACGGCCGGGGUGGCGGGGGGCCCCAGGCCGGCCUCUGCCUGUUUCCGCUGGACGAGAUCCACGCCAAGAUGGAAGCCACGCGCACCGCCUGCUACACGGGCUCGCGGGAGGCGGGCCAGGACACCUUCUACAAGCCGUUCCACGGCGAGAUCCAGUGCGGCGGCCACGUGCCGGGCGCCAGCGAGAACUUCCCCUGUGGCUCGGAGCACCUGCCCUACCCCCUGGGCAGCCACGAGGGGCUCUCGGCCACCGCAGUGCUGCAGCGGGGCGGCCUGAACCUGACGGCCGUGACAGUGACUUCUGAGAACAGCCACACCAUCGCCUUCCUUGGCACGUCCGACGGUAGGAUCCUCAAGGUGUACCUGGCCCCGGACGGGACCUCCGUGGAGUACGGCUCCAUCCUCGUGGAGAUCAACAAGAGGGUCAAGCAGGACCUGGUGCUGUCCCCAGACCUGGCCAGCCUUUACGCCAUGACCCAGGACAAGGUGUUCCGGCUGCCGGUGCAGGAGUGCACGGGCUUCCUGAACUGCUCUCAGUGCCGCGACUCGCAGGACCCCUACUGCGGCUGGUGUGUCGUCGAGGGACGGUGCACCCGGAGGGCUGCGUGUCCGCGAGCCGAGGAGACGGGCCACUGGCUGUGGAGCCAGGACGGGUCCUGCGUGGCUGUCACCAGUGCCCGGCCGCAGAACAUGAGCCGGCAGGCCCAGGGGGAGGUGCAGCUCACUGUCAGCCCCCUCCCCGCCCUCACGGAGGGUGACGAGCUGCUGUGCCUCUUUGGGGACUCACCGCAGCACUCCGCGCGCGUGGAGGGGGACACCGUCGUCUGCAAGUUCCCCAGCAGCAUCCCCAGCACACCGCCCGGCCAGGACCACGUUGCCGUGCCUGUCCAGCUGCUGUUCAACCGCAGCCACGUCUUCCUCACCGCCCACGAGUACCUCUUCUACGACUGCCACGAGGCCAUGAGCCUGGCCCGGAACCUGCCGUGCGUGUCCUGCGCCAGCAGCCGCUGGAGCUGCCAGUGGGACCUGUGGCACCGCGAGUGCCGGGAGGCGUCGCCUGGCCCUGAGGACGGCGUCGUGCGGGCACACACGGAGGACACCUGCCCACAGUUCCUGAACCCCAGCCCUCUGGUCAUCCCCAUGAACCAUGAGACAGAAGUGACCUUCCAGGGCAAGAACCUGGAGACGGUGAAGGGCCCCCUGCAAGUGGGAAGUGAGCUGCCGAGGUUUGAGGAGCUGGUGAGCUGGCAGGAGUCUGGAAACUUUUCCUUCCGGACCCCAAAGCUCUCCCAUGACGCCAACGAGACGCUUCUCCUCCACCUGUACGUCAAGUCCCUCGGCGAGAACAUCGACAGCAGGCUCCAAGUGACCCUGUACAACUGCUCCUUCGGCCGCAGCGACUGCAGCCUGUGCCUGGCCGCCGACGCAGCCUACCAGUGCGUGUGGUGCGGCGAGCAGGGCAAGUGUGUGUACAAGGCUCUGUGCAGCAAUGCCACCUCCGACUGCCCACCGCCCGUCAUCACCAGGAUCCAGCCGGAAACGGGCCCUCUGGCCGGGGGCAUUCGUGUCACCAUCCUCGGGUCCAAUCUGGGGGUCAGGGCAGAUGACGUCAAGAGGGUCACCGUGGCCGGCCAGAACUGUGCCUUCGAGCCGGAACGGUACUCGGUGUCCGCCCGGAUCGUGUGUGUGAUUGCGGCCGCGGAGGCACCCUUGAGUGGGGGUGUCGAGGUGGACGUCAGCGGGAAGCUGGGCCACUCGCCACCACACGUCCAGUUCACCUACCAACAGCCCCAGCCCCUCCUCGUGGAGCCCAAGCAGGGGCCGCAGGCGGGCGGCACCACGCUGACCAUCAGCGGCACCCACCUGGACACGGGCUGCCAGGAGGACGUGCGAGUGACCCUCAACGGUGUCCCUUGUAAAGUGACGGAAUUUGGGCAACGUCUCAGGUGUGUGACGGGCCCCCAGCCAACUCUGGGCAAGGUGGCCCUGGAGGUCUUCUACGGGGGCUCCCACGUGCCCAGCCCCGGCGUCACCUUCACCUACCGCGAGAACCCCACGCUGCGGGCUUUCGAGCCGCUGCGCAGCUUCGCCAGUGGCGGCCGGAGCAUCAACGUCACGGGUCAGGGCUUCCUCCUGAUCCAGCAGUUCUCCAUGGUGGUCAUUGCCGAGCCCCUGCAGUCCUGGCGGCGGCGGCGGGAGGCCGGAGCCCUGCAGCCCACGGUGGUUGUGGGCACCAAGUACGUGCUGUACAACGACACCAGGGUCGUCUUCCUGUCCCCGGCCGUCCCCGACGAGCCCGAGGCGUACAACCUCACGGCCCUGAUCCAGAUGGACGGGCACCGGGUGCUGCUCAGGACCGAGGCUGGCGCCUUCGAGUAUGUGGCCGACCCCACCUUCGAGAACUUCACCGGCGGCGUCAAGAAGCAAGUCAACAAGCUCAUCCACGCGCGGGGCACCAACCUGAACAAGGCCAUGACGCUGCACGAGGCGGAGGCCUUCGUGGGCGCCGAGCGCUGCGUCAUGAAGACGCUGACGGAGACCGACCUGUACUGCGAGCCGCCGGAGGUGCAGCCCCCUCCCAAGCGGCGGCAGAAGCGGGACACGACGCACAACCUGCCCGAGUUCAUCGUGAAGUUCGGCUCCCGUGAGUGGGUGCUGGGCCGUGUGGAGUACGACACCCGUGUGGGCGACGUGCCGCUCAGCCUCAUCCUGCCGCUGGUCAUCGUGCCCAUGGUGGUGGUCAUCGCGGUGUCAGUCUACUGCUACUGGAGGAAGAGCCAGCAGGCCGAGCGGGAAUACGAGAAGAUCCGGUCGCAGCUGGAGGGCCUGGAGGAGAGCGUGCGGGACCGCUGCAAGAAGGAGUUCACGGACCUGAUGAUCGAGAUGGAGGACCAGAGCAGCGACGUGCACGAGGCGGGCAUCCCCGUGCUGGACUACAAGACCUACACGGACCGCGUCUUCUUCCUGCCCUCCAAGGACGGCAGCAAGGACGUGAUGGUCACGGGCCAGCUGGACAUCCCCGAGGCGCGGCGGCCCGCGGUGGAGCAGGCGCUCUACCAGUUCUCCAACCUGCUCAACAGCAAGUCCUUCCUGGUCAACUUCAUCCACACUCUGGAGAACCAGCGCGAGUUCUCGGCCCGCGCCAAGGUCUACUUCGCGUCGCUGCUGACGGUGGCGCUGCACGGGAAGCUGGAGUACUACACGGACAUCAUGCGCACGCUCUUCCUGGAGCUCAUGGAGCAGUACGUGGUGGCCAAGAAUCCCAAGCUGAUGCUGCGCAGGUCGGAGACGGUGGUGGAGAGGAUGCUGUCCAACUGGAUGUCCAUCUGCCUGUACCAGUACCUCAAGGAGAGUGCUGGGGAGCCCCUGUACAAGCUCUUCAAGGCCAUCAAGCACCAGGUGGAGAAGGGGCCGGUGGAUGCUGUGCAGAAGAAGGCCAAGUACACCCUCAACGACACGGGGCUGCUGGGGGAUGACGUUGAGUACACGCCCCUGACGGUGAGUGUGAUUGUCCAGGAUGAAGGAGUGGACGCCAUCCCCGUCAAGGUGCUCAACUGCGACACCAUCUCCCAAGUCAAGGAGAAGGUCAUUGACCAGGUGUACCGCACGCUGCCCUGCUCCCGCUGGCCCAAGGCCGAGAGCGUAGUGCUCGAGUGGCGUCCUGGGUCCACGGCCCAGAUCCUGUCGGACUUGGACCUGACCUCCCAGCGGGAGGGCCGGUGGAGACGCAUCAACACCCUGAUGCACUACAAUGUCCGGGACGGAGCCACCCUCCUCCUGUCCAAGGUGGGGGUCUCCCAGCAGCCCGAGGACAGCCAGCAGGACCUGCCGGGGGAGCGCCACGCCCUCCUGGAGGAGGAGAACCGCGUGUGGCACCUGGUGCGCCCGACCGACGAGGUGGACGAGGGACGGUCCAAGCGUGGCAGUGUCAAGGAGAAGGAGCGGACUAAGGCCAUCACCGAGAUCUACCUGACGCGCCUGCUCUCCGUCAAGGGCACGCUGCAGCAGUUCGUGGACAACUUCUUCCAGAGCGUUCUAGCGCCCGGCCUCGCCGUGCCUCCCGCCGUCAAGUACUUCUUCGAUUUCCUGGACGAGCAGGCUGAGAAACAUGACAUGAAGGAUGAGGACACCAUCCACAUCUGGAAAACCAACAGCCUGCCGCUGCGGUUCUGGGUGAACAUCCUCAAGAACCCGCACUUCAUCUUCGACGUGCACGUGCCAGAGGUGGUGGACGCAUCCCUGUCGGUCAUCGCCCAGACCUUCAUGGACGCCUGCACGCGGACGGAGCACAAGCUGAGCCGGGACUCGCCAAGCAACAAGCUGCUGUACGCGAAGGAGAUCUCUGCCUACAAGAAGAUGGUGGAGGACUACUACAGAGGCAUCCGGCGGAUGGUGCAGGUCAGCGACCAGGACAUGAACACGCACUUGGCGGAGAUUUCCCGGGCACACACUGAUUCUCUGAACACCCUCGUGGCCCUGCACCAGCUCUACCAGUACACACAGAAGUACUACGAUGAGAUCAUCAACGCCCUGGAGGAGGACCCGGCUGCCCAGAAGAUGCAGCUGGCCUUCCGCCUGCAGCAGAUUGCCGCCGCGCUGGAGAACAAGGUCACGGACCUCUGACCUCUGACCUCUGCUCUAGCCGGGGCACCGGGAGCCAGGCCACGUCGCAGCCGGGUGGCAGCCGGCGGGAACACCCCGAUACCAGGCGCGGCCCGGCCGCCAGCACCAGCCCCCGGGGACCAGCCCCGGGCGCCCCGAGCACCCCGCACACGUGCCUUACGCGCCUCCGCGCCGGGCCAGGCCGCGGCCGCCCACCAGCGAGCCCGGCGGCCCCUCAGCUGGGGUCCCGGGACCGUGUCCAUGUGCCCCCCGCCCGGACGGGAGGACGACACAAAGCGGUACGAUGGCUUCCUGACCUCGCCCGCCCGUCCCCUGGACUUGAGUGGCAGCCGGGGCCGCCCCCAGGUCACCCGUGGCCCAGGCGGCCGGGGCGCCCAGCAGGCGGGGUCCUGGCGUCCGGCCUGGGGGCUCCCCCACGACCACCCACCCCCUUUUGUAAAUCUUGUUAAUUGUAAAUCAAAUACAGCUCUCUUUUCCACUC